AUGAGCGCACCUACAAUCCCAAAGACCCAAAAAGCCAUCAUCUUCUCCGAAGUUGGGGGUAAAUUAGAGUAUAAAGACAUUCCUGUACCAGUUCCUAAGUCAAAUGAGCUGUUAAUCAACGUUUUGUAUUCUGGUGUCUGUCACAGUGAUCUGCACAUUUGGCAAGGUGACCUCCCAUUGCCUUUAAAGUUACCAUUAGUUGGCGGUCACGAAGGUGCCGGUGUAGUUGUAGGCAUGGGUUCAAACGUCAAAGGCUGGAAACUGGGUGAUUAUGCAGGUAUCAAGUUCCUGAACGGAACCUGUAAUGCCUGUGAAUUCUGCGAACAAUCUUUUGAGAUCAGUUGUCCUCAUGCUGACUUCACAGGUACUGUACAUGACGGUUCCUUCCAACAAUACGCUACCGCAGAUGCUGUUCAAGCUGCCAGAAUUCCGCAAGGUACUGACUUAGCUGCCAUUGCACCUCUAUUAUGCGCAGGUCUCACUGCUUACAAAGCUUUGAAAUCUGCUAACAUGAGACCUGGUCAAUGGGUUGCUAUUUCAGGUGCAUGUGGUGGUUUAGGUACAUAUGCUAUUCAAUACGCUACUGCCAUGGGAUACAGAGUUUUAGGUAUUGAUUCAGGUGAAGAAAAAGCCAAAUAUUUCAAAACACUUGGUGGUGAAGUAUUUAUUGACUACAAGAAGAGCAAAGAUGUUGUUGCUGACGUUAUUAAAGCAACUGAUGGUGGGGCACAUGGUGUUCUUAACAUUGCUGUUGAUCCAAGAGCUAUUUCCAUGAGCACAAAGUACGUUAGAUCUAACGGUACAAGUGUCUUGGUCAGUUUGCCAAAGGAUGCCGUCUGUGAAUCAGAGGUAUUCACCCAGGUUGUCAAAUCCACCUCCAUUGUUGGAUCUUGCGUUGGUAAUAGAGCAGACACUAGAGAAGCAAUUGAUUUCUUCACUAGAGGUUUGAUUAAAAUUCCAAUUCACAUGGCACCACUAUCGAGUUUGCCACAAAUUUAUGACAAGCUAAUGCAAAAUGAGGUCGUUGGUCGAUUUGUCGUUGACACCUCGAAAUAG